AUCCCCCCCUUCGCCUUUCCCUACAUAGGAGAAAUAGGAGAAAUACAAAGAUGGCUUGUUUCGCCAUCAUAAUUCAACCACCCCCCCCCCCCCCCUCCCUGCUCAGUGCCCAAAGUGCUCAUGUCUUUCCAUCGUCUCGCCCUCGCUCCCACUCUUCCGACUCUAGCUUCUUCCUCUCUUCUCUUUCUCUCCUCCCACCUCCCUAAGCAGAGUUUUGCCCUGACAUCCUGCCGCAGGGGCUCGACGGCAGACCCGGACGCAAAGGAGUCGCGCUCCCUGUUUUCCGCGCGGGUGCGUGGGUCUCUGGGAGCCAGAGGGGGGCAGGACGGGGCGACGAGUCGCGGGCGGACGCCGCCAUCGGGACUAGCCUUUUUCUCGCGGCGUUCUCUCUGCGCUGCUCCUUUUUUUUUUGUUUGUUUGUUUGUUUUUUUCCUUCCGGCGCACGCCGCGCGGCGCUUCGAGAAUGCAGCAGCACUGCUCACGGGGGUAGGAGGGUAGGAGGAAGGCACACACGGGCGCGGCCGGCGACGGCGACAGGACGCCGUCAGCAGCAGCGGGCGAGUUAGGGAGGACCGGGGGGGGGGCAGCUGGGG